AUGGCUACUGCCACCCAGACCCGUACCCAUGGUGGCCAUCACCAUCACCAUCAUCCCAACGACAAUGUCUACCUCACCUCUCAGAACAAGAAUGAUGCCGGUGUGCGCAUCACCCGCAUUGGCCUGUACUCCAACCUGGGCAUGGCUGUGGCCAAGUUCAUUGGCGGCUACAUCUUCAAUUCCCAGUCCAUGAUUGCCGACGCCUGGCACUCCCUGACCGAUCUCGCCUCCGAUGUCCUGACCCUUGCGACCGUUUCCUUCAGCCUGCGACCACCCACCGAUAGAUAUCCGUCGGGGUUCGGCAAGGUCGAGAGUCUGGGCUCGCUGGGCGUCUCGGGCAUGUUGCUUGCUGGCGGCAUCUUUAUGGGCAUGAGCAGUCUGGAGUCGCUCUAUGCGCACUUCAUGAUGGAUCCUGCCGCCGCCCACGAGCUGCUUCACCACGGCCACGGGCAUGCGCACGGUGCGCUAUCGAUGGGGCCUAGCAUUCAUGCUGCUUGGCUGGCCGCCGGCACGGUGCUGAUCAAGGAAUGGCUCUACCAUGCGACUAUGAAGGUUGCCAAGGAGCGCAAGUCACAGGUCCUCGCCUCGAAUGCUAUCCACCACCGCGUCGACAGCUGGACCGGCAUCGUCACCAUGCUGAUCAUCGUGGGCGCCAACGUCCUCAAGGAUGCCACCUGGCUCGAUCCCGUCGGUGGUCUCCUCAUCUCCUUCCUGGUCAUCAAAGGUGGCUGGGGCAAUACCCUCUCCUCGCUCUACGAGCUGGCGGAUCGCACCAUCGACGACGAGGUUAAAAAGUCCGUUCGGCGACAGGCGCAGAAGAGCAUCGAGAACAUCAGCCAGGGUCACGAGGUGGAGCUGCGCGACGUGUCGGGUAUUAAGUCGGGCCAGAACUAUCUGAUCGAUGUCGAGCUUGCUGUUCCCGGCGGCUGGACUGUCGAGGACGUGCGCGAGGUCGAGAGCGCCAUCCGCACCCAGAUCGGAGCCAAGGUCCGUGGUGUACGCAAGGUCCGCGUCCGGUUUGUGCCCAAGGAGGCAGCGGCUCAGGGUGCCAAGUUUGACGAGUUCAUUCCCGGCAGCGUGAGCCCUCAGUCUAGCCCCGAGCCGGAGGAAGAGGAACACAGCAAUGGGAAUGGCAUCCAUCACAACAAGCACGACUGA